AUGUCUGAAACACCCGAACGUAUCGUCGAACACGCCUACGACCAUAUUGCACAAUGGUAUCUAGAAUGGGUCGAAAGCGAUAGGUCACCACGCGAAAGGUACACAAGGAAACUACUUGACAGUUUGCCACCUUCCCCAAGCGUUCUAGAACUCGGCUGUGGCCCAGGCGUACCAGUACUGAGCAUGCUGAUUGACCACGGAGCUCAAGUGACAGCCAAUGAUAUCUCUGCGAACCAAAUCGAGAUGGCUAAAGCUCGUUGCCCGCGUGCAAAGUUCAUCGCUGGUAAUAUGACCACACUCGUGUUCGAAUCCGAGAGCUUCCACGGUGUACUCAGCUUCUACACGCUCUUCCACCUCCCUCGCUCCCAACUAAAGCACAUGCUCGUCAAGAUCUAUAGCUGGCUGAAGCCUGGAGGUCUCUUCGCUUUCAACCUUGCGGGUAUUGAUGAAGAAGAGAUACAUGGCGAGAUGAUGGGGUACGGAAUGUUUUGGAGUAGUUAUGGAGUGCAUGAGAACUGCGAAAUGCUGGAACAAAUAGGUUUCGAGCUGUUGGAGGUGGAGAAAGUAAAGGCAGGCGAUGGCAAUUUGAACGAGGAUGAACCAGACUACGAUUCUGAGUUUGUUUGGGUGAUGGCGCGGAAGCCAGAGGUCGAUAAGAGGAAGAUUUAG